AUGUAUCGAAAGUCCUUCAUCAGUCGAAUCCAUUUUCUUAAUAACUCUCUCUCUCUGUCUAUUUCUGCUCAACAUUUUUUUGGUUUUGACAUACGAUAUCAUAACCGACUUAGAGACAAGGACAGAACAACAUUCUCUCAUUCAAGCAAUCUAAACAAAUCAAUUAUGGGUAUUCUUACUGGUCGAAAUGAAGCUCUUAAAUUAUUAGCACUUUCUGAUCUAGCAUUUAUUGGUACUUUAACUGAUUAUGCUAAAGGUAUGUCAACAAGAUCAUCAACACCAACAACUCAUUAUACACUUGAAUUUGACAAAUAUGAACAAAUACGUGGUGCACCUAUCAAAAAUGAUGAGCCUCAUUUUCAUUAUAUGCAAAUAGGUAGUAGUGGUCAAAUAACUGAUCCUAAAACACAUAAAUUAAUCCCAGCACCCGAACCAAAACAUCUACAAGCUGGUCAAUUAUAUUUAGCAUUACUUAAUGAACCACAACAAAUUAAACAACUUGUUGAAAUUACAACAGAUGAUGUAAAUGUAUUACGACAAGCUGCAUUAGAAAAAUAA